AUGCGGUUCAACCCGGACGCCUCGGUGUGGGUGGCCAAGCAGCGCAUCCUGUGCACGCUCAACCAGACGCUGAAAGACGUGCUGAACUACGGCCUGUUCCAGCCGGCCGGCGACGGGAGGGACGGCAAGUUCCUGGACGAGGAGCGCGUCCUCCGGGAGUACCCUCAGCCAAUCAGCAAGGGCUUCCGAUACAAGAGCAGAGUGUACCGACAGCCCAAUAUUGACGAGAAACAGAUCGCCAAGCUCCACACGAAGGGCAAUCUGAGGAAGUUCAUGGACCUCGUUCAGCACAACCAGGUGGACAAAGUGGCCAAGCUGCUGGAGAGGGGCUUCGAUCCCAACUACCACGACGGGGACACCGGCGACGGCAUGACGGCGCUCCACAAGGCCGCCAGGUCCAAGAACCAGGUGGCUCUGAUGACGCUGCUGGAGCUGGGCGCCUCUCCGGACUACAAGGACAGCCGCGGCCUGACGCCGCUGUACCACAGCGUGGUGGUGGGGGGCGACCCGGGCUGCUGCGAGCUGCUGCUGAACCACCACGCCACCGUCGGCUGCCAGGACGAGAACGGCUGGCACGAAGUGCACCAGGCCUGUCGUCAUGGCCACGUGCAGCAUCUGGAGCAUCUGCUGUUCUACGGCGCCGACAUGAGCGCCCAGAACGCCUCCGGGAACGCCGCCCUGCACAUCUGUGCCCUGAUAAUUGCGCCAGGGUGCUGCUCGCGCGCGGAGCCGACAAGGAAGUUUCAUAGGGCCCAGAGCCUGAAGCCUGAAGCUCAGUUCGACCAAACUAACCCAAACCGGGUUCUUUCGGAGCUCGAGGCGUUCCGCGAACCCAGGACCCCGCGAGCUCGCUUCACCGGCAGGAAGGAGCGCGUGCGCUCGCGCGAGCAGCAGGAUGGAGACGGGCGCGCUGUGUGGGUCACGCACGCGCUGGGAAAAUGCCAGCAGCGGCGGAGGGAGAAACUCUGCUGCCCCCUGGUGGACAUCGCCCGGAAAAGCGGCCGAAUUCUGUCAGUGGCGAUUAUUGCUGGAAACUUUGAGCUCGCAGAGCUCAUCAAGAACCACAAAGACUCCGAUAUAGAAGAGGAAGAGCUGAGCUCUGAGAGUGAGAGAAGAGGCGGACGUGGCUGA